GUGCGCAGACAUUUGCGCAGACAGAUCGUUAGACCGUGAAAAAAAUGACAUCUCGUAUGUUUGGGAUAAAAUCUUUGGUUUGUUUAUAUGUGUUGGCAAUCAGCAGCAGAAGCAUUGCUAGUGUCGUGUUAUUGAGGAUUAGUUGUUGAUGGUUGAGAAGUGUGUAUUUUUUGUGUGAAAAAUGAAUGGACGUGCAUCAUUAGUUUGGCAAGUACUUAUUGCUGUUUGUAGCACUUGAAUUUAGACAAUGUCUCUCCAGUUGGCCACGAAGGAAUCGGGACACUAUACCGAGGAUCAGAUACGCUCUGCUUACAAUGAACUGCAGAAAGAGGAAGAAAAAAUUAAUGAUCAGUUGGGAACACUUUUAGCCAGACAAUGCCAUCUUGAAGCAAAACUGAGAGGAAUUUCAAAAGCUCUACCAAACCUUCAGAUAGUUCAUUCUGAUGCUAAGCAGUUAGUGGAGAUGAUAAGCUUUACUUCAACACUUGCAGAGAAUGUGAGUGCCAAAGUCCGCCAGUUGGACUUAGCAAGGAGCAGGGCAUCAGAGUGCCAGCAAAGGGUGCAUGAUUUGUUGGACCUGCAAUUAUGUAGCAAUGGUGUGCAAGCAGCUCUUCACAAUGAAGACUAUGAAAAGGCUGCAGCUCAUAUACACAGAUUUCUUUCCAUGGAUGAAACUUUGGUGCAGCAAACAGCUGAUGAUGUUGCUGAAGAUUGCACUAAUGUUACAAAUUCUUUCAAAUUACUGCAAGAAGCAGCCUCUAAAUUGAGAGUAAUUGUAACCCAAAAAUUUGAUGAAUCGGUAAGAUCAGAAGAUUUAGCAUCUGUUGAAAGAUUUUUCAAGAUAUUUCCAUUACUGGGAAUGCAUGAAGAGGGAUUAGGGAAAUUUUCACUUUACUUGUGUUCAAAGUUGCAGGAGACAGCACAGAAGAAUUUAAGAGCAGCACUUGAAACGGCAGUAUCUGACAAGAGAGCUAAUGUUAUAUAUGCGGACACUUUGACACUUUUAUUUGAAGGCAUAGCACGUGUUAUUGAAAUUCACCAACCGUUAGUGGAAACAUAUUACGGUCCAGGAAAACUUCUCACUGUGGUGACAUAUCUGCAGCGUGAAUGUGACAGGCAAACUAAACAUGUGAUAACUGAGUUCAGCAGAUCUCGUCAUUUAGAAAGGAAAAUACAGCAAGUGAAUGACCUCAUGAGGAGUAGCAUUGGUGGCACCAGCAGCAAUAUUUACAGUAAAUCACCAGAGAAAUUAGAUCCGAAAGAUUUGGAUCUCUUAUUGGGAGAACUGACCAUCAUGCAUUCAAGAGCAGAACUUUAUGUUCGUUUCAUAAAACGGAGAGUUCUUAAUGAUUUGGAGGUUGGCCUCCAAAAACCAGAGUCUCGUGUUGCAAUGGUUGGAGAACUUGAAGCAAUGCUGAAAGGAAGUGAACUUUCACACCGCAUGCAAGAGCUGCUUGGCAACUACUUGCUGUUAGAAAGAUAUUUUAUGGAGGAAAGUGUUAAGAAAGCAGUUGCUAUGGACAUUGUAGAGGACGGUUCAAUAACAUCCAGUAUGGUGGAUGAUGUUUUCUUCAUAGUGAGAAAAUGCAUAAGGCGAGCCAGCUCCAGUUCGAGCAUAGAUGGUGUAUGUGCAGUUAUAAAUAAUGCAUGUGGACUGCUGGAAAUGGACUACUGUUCUGUACUAAGACAGCAGCUACGUCAAGGCUACCCUUCAGGUUACCUAGAUCUUACACAGGCCUAUAAUGUUUUGCACACAAGCAUACAGCAUGGCCGACUUCAAGCUUCUGACUCAGAACAAGCAAGAGUUCUGUUCCUGGCUUACCUGAAUAAUGCAGAUGUCAGUACAGAGUACAUCGAUACCUUGCGUCAGAGUUUGACUGAAGAGAUACCGGGAAUGUUAAAUAUGACUGAAAAUGAAUUUGCGAAACUUGACAGCUGUCUUUCUGGACUGUCUUCAGUCAAUGGAAGUCUGAGAUCAGUAAUAGAAUAUGGAAUGCAACAACUAAAGGCGAGUGCUAUAAAACCUCGCAUAAAUCCUUGGAUUGAUUCAUUUCUCUCCGUCAGUCACCAGCUGUCUGAGGAAGAAUUUUCUACCUAUGAUGCUAAUGAGCCUUUCAUCCAAAAUUUAAUAAUGAAUUUAGAUGGCUUCUUAAAGUCUUUUAAAUCCAGUCUUACCCAAAAUAAUUAUGAUGUUCUCGUAAGCAUUCUAACAACUGAAGUGACUUCUCACCUAGAAAAAGUUGUGCUGAAAUCAACAUUCAACAGGUUGGGAGGUCUGGUGUUUGACAAAGAAGUUCGCACCCUUGUUAGCUACCUUACAAGUACUACAUCUUGGUCUAUCCGAGACAGGUUUGCACGUCUUACCCAAAUAGCCACAGUGUUAAAUCUUGAGCGAGUUUCAGAAAUCUUGGAUUAUUGGGGGAGUAACUCAGGUCCCCUGACCUGGAGAUUGACUCCUACAGAAGUUCGGCAGAUACUAAGUCUCAGGUCUGAUUUUCGAGGUGAUGACAUUAAAAGAUUGAAGUUAUAAGUACAUCAGAAAGCAAAAUAAAAUGUAAUUUUAGUGUGCAGAAUGAUAUUAUUGAUAAGUGAAUGGUGAACAAACUACUUUCAAAAUUAUUUUUGUGGCAUGUUUUAUUGUCCUUCAUUGGAAAAAACAGAAGUUUCUGAUGUUAUCUGGAUCCAACCCAAUGAAAUAUCUGUUUUUUCCUGUAUGGUAGUUGUGAGAAGUAAGUUAAAGAGCUUAUUGCUUGUUUUUGAAAGAAGUAAGUUUCUAAUGUUGGUGACUAAUGAAAGGCACCACCUAAUCGUGUUAUGCAUCUAGAAAACAGUAACACUUGUAAGGUAUACACUAUCAAAAAUGCUGUUAAUUGUGUUAAAAUCAUUAAGAACAAAAAGAAAGUGCUAAUUUGUAAUCCAGCAGAAGAUACCUAAGAUAUUUGUACCAAUCACUUUGCUUCAGUAAAACAUAUUUGCAAAGUAUAGUAUACAACAAAACAAACUUUAUGGUGCUUACAAACAAAAAAUCACCCCAAAAUGAAACUAUUUUAAAAUGAAGGCAGAAGAGCCUUUCCAUUUAACUGGCGCCAGAUAUAAAGAAAAGGUGAGGAAAAUGUUAGUUAACCAGAGAAUGAGUUAUGUAACAAAAGUAAAUAAAGUGUGGGAGGAAACAUCUUCUCAAUUAUUAAGUUAAAAAGUAAGUCAAAGCCCAGAUUAACAAAGACAUAAUAAGACUUUUUACAGUGUAAAUAAACAUUGUUAAAUUGA